UUUAGUUAUGGUGACACUGUGUCCUCAUUGUGAACUGAGACUUUCGCUGAUAUAUUGAUGCUGUUGGAGCACAGUUUUUCUUUUCCAUUCUCUUUCUCAAAAUAAAUGGCGCAGCCAAGUUGAAGCAAAGUGUGUCUUGAAUCUGCUUUUUGUUAGCAUUGAUCCACACAUACUAAGAGGAGUACAUAAUGGAACCUAAAGAUAGGCUAUCUCUAGAUGCAUGGGCAAAUCCUUCAUCCUCCAGUAAUGGAUUACCGAGAAAGAUGGCCUUGGAAAAUCCAUCCUUUACCAAUUUCAAUUUACAGCAGCAGGAGCAGAAAUGGGAUGACACCUCCAUUUUAGAUUAUGGUAUUAGAAUUGAGCCACCUUUCCGAGAAUUCAACCAAGCAUCAGAAUCUGAAUAUCUGCUUUCUUCCAACUGCAACAACCAACCCAAAGUCCUGGAUCAAGAAGAUGGACAAAAUAAUGAGGCACUUCAAACAAGCAAGUUACAAGACUGGGAUCCUAGAUCCAUGCUCAAUAAUCUUUCUUUUCUAGAGCAAAAGAUCCAUCAUCUCCAAGAUUUGGUGCAUUUAAUUGUUGGCCGCAAAGGCCAGGCUCUAGGGGGACAGGAUCAACUUGUAACUCAGCAACAACAGCUCAUAACUGCUGAUCUUACUUCAAUAAUUGUUCAGCUGAUCUCCACUGCUGGUAGUCUUCUCCCAUCUGUGAAACAUACAUUUUCUACAGGCACUCCUAAUGGACAGUUAGGACAGCUUGGAGGGCUUCUUUUUCCUCCUUUAGCUGGCAUGAACUGUGUUCCACAGCCGCAACAUGGUAGUGGAAGUAAAGUUUCUGAUCAGUGCAACCAGAUGGAUGUUACAGGAAAUUGUGGGACUGAACAGAACCACUCCAUUGAAGAACAUGAAAUGAAAGAGGAAGAAGAUGCUGAUGAAGGAGAGAACCUUCCGCCUGGUUCCUAUGAUAUAUUACAACUAGAAAAGGAAGAAAUACUUGCGCCACACACCCACUUUUGCACAAUAUGUGGGAAGGGGUUUAAGCGGGAUGCAAAUUUGAGGAUGCAUAUGAGAGGCCAUGGUGAUGAGUACAAAACCCCUGCUGCACUUGCAAAACCCAACAAAGAACCCAGCUCAGAACCAGUGAUUAUUAAGAGGUAUUCCUGCCCUUUUGCUGGUUGCAAGCGAAACAAGGAUCACAAGAAGUUUCAGCCUUUGAAGACUAUUUUAUGUGUCAAAAACCAUUACAAGAGAACCCAUUGUGACAAAAGCUACAUUUGCAGCCGAUGCAACACCAAGAAGUUCUCAGUUAUGGCAGAUCUCAAAACUCAUGAGAAGCAUUGUGGGAAGGAUAAAUGGCUUUGUUCCUGUGGCACAACAUUCUCGAGGAAAGACAAGCUUUUUGGACACAUUGCUCUGUUCCAGGGCCAUACUCCUGCUAUCCCUCUUGAGGAAACUAAAGGACCUUCUGUGUCAUGUGAUAAAGUGGAUGGGAAUGAAGCAUCAAAUAAGGUUGGAAACACAAAUUUCAGCCUUGGCUCCAAUGCUGGUAGCGGAAGUGGGGCUCAAAAUGUUAUCGAAGUGAAGGAGGAUGCUGAUGAUCCUGCUAGUUAUUUCUCACCAUUGAGCUUUGAUACGUGUAAUUUUGGUGGAUUCCAUGAGUUCCCUCGACCCCCAUUUGAUGAUUCAGAAAGUUCAUUCUCCUUUCUUGAAGCCCCAUGAUACUCGUUGUCAUAUAUGUAAGGUGCAUGUAAUUUCAUGAGUUCAAAUAAAUGUUUGUUCUUUAGCCA